UCAAUUCCUAGCUAGCUUCUAAGUUAAAAAUAAACAUGUCUUCAAAAACUUUCCUUUUUCUUGCCCUAGCUUUUGCAGUUGUUCUUCUCAUUACCUCUGAAGUGGCUGCUACGAGAGAGGUGGCUGCGACUCAUGAAAGUGUAACAGAUGCCGAUUAUCACCACAAACUUGAUGGACGUGGUGGUUAUAACGACAAGCCUACGGCUGAAGAUGAUGAGGGUGGUAGUGCAGGUGACAAGGACCCUGACAUAGAAGCACGAUGCAGGUACCGUUGCUGUAGUUACAGCCCAAGAGGAUGGUGCAUUAGGUGCUGCCGCACUUAUGCAGAGGCUGUCGCGUUUGAACAAACUCGAAACUAAUUAAAUAAUAUGAAAGAUGGUCAAGCUAGCAUAAAUUAUGUAUUAAGUACUAAUAUAUGUUUGGGUAUGUAAUAAGUGGAACGUACGUCUUCUUAACUUCUUUGAAAAGAAGUAGUACGAAC